GUUUCCUUUUGAGCUAGGGUUUUGAGAAGUUUAUCUUUUAGCCUCCUCUAUAAACAUAGGGCUUUUGAUCAGCGAAAGUAACAAACUGUGUUUCUGAGAAUUCCGUCUCUUGCUCGAAGUAAGAAAUCUACGAAAGGGUUUAGGUCAGAUAUGUGGAAUCAAAUACCGAGCUUCAGGUUUAAGAUAGAUAACUUCUCUGAGAAGAAAGCCUUGAUAUCGUCUGAUACAUUCGUGAGCGACGGAUGCGAAUGGUAUCUCCAAGUUUAUCCCAAGGGAGAUCGUCUUGCUGAGAAUCACUUGUCUUUGUACCUCCGUGUUGCAAAUCAUCAAUCAUUGCGAACUGGAUGGAAAAGGAGUGCUAAAUAUUACUUCGUUGUGAUGAAUCAAUCAGACAAAGAGCUCUACAGAUCAUCAAGCCUUAACUCAUGUUUGAAUCUUGAAGAGGCAGCAACUGUUGCUUCAGCGAGGAAGUUAUUCGCAGAGCACCCAGAGAUCGCAGAAGAUUUCAAACCAAAGAACCAAGCUGUGAAGACUGCAUACAUGAAUAUCCUCCUCAAGCUCAUUAAAAAACUUCAAAAAUCUCCAAAGAGCCUUUCAGAGACUAAACUAAGCGAGGCUCGCAGCCAUUUGAGUGAGCUGGUGAACGUUGGUUUCAAGCUGGACUGGUUGAAGUUAAAGCUUGAGGAGGUUUCUUUGGAGAAGAAGAAAUUAGACGCUAAUGUGUCUCAGGCCCAAAAACUCGAGGAACGAGUCAAGAAUCUUGAGCUGUUGGAAUUAGGGUUUAAGCUUGACUCUUUGAAUACAAUGCUUAAUGAGGUUCGCUUGGAGAAGAAGAAAUCAGUUGCUGCUGAUGAAUCUCGCGCCCAAAAAGUCGAGGAACGCGUCAAGAAUCUUGAGCUGUUGGAAUUAGGGUUCAAGCUUGACUCUUUGAAUACAAAGCUUAAUGAGGUUUCGUUGGAGAAGAAGAAGUCAGAUGAUGCUGAUGAAUCUCGGGCCCAAAAACUCGAGGAGCGCGUCAAGAACCUUGAGCUGACGGAAUUGGGCUGUAUGAAGAAUUUCUAUGACUUUGACUUGGAGAAGAAGAAAUCAGAUGAUGCUGUGUCUCGGGCCCAUAAACUCGAGGGACGCGUCAAGCAUCUUGAGCUGAUGGUCUUGGGAUUUAACCUGGACAGUUUGAAUUCAAAGCUUGAGGAGGAAUCCUUGGUGAGGGAAAAAACAGAUGAUGCUAAUGAGUGUCGAAUCCAACAAAUCGAGGAACGCGUCAACGAUUUGGUAUUGAAGCUGAACUUUUUGGACACAAAGCUCCACGAGGUUUCCUUAGAGAGGAAAAAAUCUGAUGAUGCUGAGGGGUCUCGGGUCAAACAACUCGAGGAAAGCGUCAAGAAUCUUGAACUGAUGGUGUCGUGUCUUCAAAUUGAACUGGACAAGAAGAAGGACAAAUCUUCUGAUGAUGGAUUUUUGUUGGUCGACGAGUUUGCUUGACGUAGAGAGAUCAAAUUAUUAUUUUCUUGAAAAGGCACUAACUACUAUCGUUUCAUAUUUUCUUUUCGUUUUUAUCUUUGCUUUUUUUAUAACCUAGAGAUCCCGGCUUAGUGAAAAGGUCUAGUUAUAUGUCUCUGUUCUUGAACGUUGCAAGCUAUGUUAUUUUGCUCACACAUUUAAUUUUCAGACUUUUUGGGGUUUCAAAUUUCAUUUGUAUUGUGAAUUA